UCAGAAAUUCUGUUCGUUUCCUUUUACUACUUUUUUUUUUUCUAUUUUCAUUCAAUUGCAUUGCCAUUUGUUUGACCGAGUCUCGCAUGAACUUGGUUUGGUCAUAGUAAUCGCAAGUGUACGAUGUUAUGCCUGAAAUUAUUUCGGUAUAUUACUGGAAUACCCUCCUCAAAAAGGUACGAAGAAAACCCUUAUCCAACUUCAAGAGGAUCUCUUUCGUCGGGUGAGUUCUCGUUUCCGAGCAAAUAUGUUUAUGUUCAAUUUUGUUUUUGCUAAUGAGGUUAGGUACGAGUGUCAAUUGACAAUUUAUUCUUAAGGAAAAAGAAAAAGUACGAACGUAUUUUUGACAGAAACCGAGCCAAAAUCGAUCAUUCGAUUCUGAUCAUCGGAUCAUGCAUUCAGCGACUUCGCGAUCAAGUCAAUCGUCUCUGCAAUCUUCCGUACCAAAUGCAUCAACGUCGUCUCUUUUGCAACAACAACAACAACAACAACAACAACAUCACCAUCACCACCACCAGCAACAACAAAUCCUUUACGGACCUGUCGUCAAUCCAGUGAUACCUCUCCAACCUUAUGCCCCAGGAAUACACCCAACAUGCAUUUAUCCCACAACUCAACGACCCGCAGGAUUAUCAUCAACUCCCAUUUCUUUGCAAAUGCAAGGCAAGCCCAAUAGAUGGCAAUGCAAGAAUAAGAUUAACCGUGGUCACCAACAACACCAGCAACAUCAUACUCAACAACCAUUCUACAAUUCCAAGCUUGUGUUUGAACAAGGCUCGAACAAUCCCCCGUUACCGUCUUCAAACUCAUCGUCCUUCAUUCUAACAUCAUCGAAUUUUGCCCACGGUGGACUCUUGGGAGAAUCUUACAAUAAUCCUGCGGUGGCUUUGUUACCUCAAACCCCAUACGCGAAGUCACUGGACAAUCAAGCAUUCUGUUUACUCCAAGACCGAGACAAAUCUCAGUUAGCUCAACGUCAACAGUCAUCAUCAGCUCGCGGUUCUUACUAUAACAUAUCUUCAACAAAUGCUUGCAAUUUGCAAACAGUUAAUCCAAAUGCAUUUCAAUUGGCAACCGUAAAUCCAUUUUCUACUGUGACAUCAUUCACGAAUAAUCAGAUAACAGGACCGAUACAAACCGUACAAGCUACACAAGUCUUCCCAAAUCCACAAAUAGGUUUAUUGUUUGCUGGACAAUUGCGUGAAAAAUUGUCAGAGACAAAUAUCGAGGGUACUUCAUUGAAUACAUUGAAUGCAUACUCGAAAGAUAAGUUGUCGGUCGUCAAUAAUACAAUACCAAUUAAUUCUAGUAAGAUAGAUAAUCGCGGUGACUGGCCGGUGCAUGAAAACAAAGUGACUUCAGUGAAUAAUUUCGAGUGUAAUUCAAAAGAACCGUCUGUUGCACGAACAGGGGAGAAACUAAUAGUUGAAACUGCACAAGAGGAAGGUGCUUACUCGGACGAAUCUUCGGCAAGUUUCGAAUUCACUCUCGAGGCCGAGAAAAUGGUCUCUGCAUUGUGCAACACUACGUCGUCGAACGAUUUAAGCAAAGAAGAACCACGCAAUGGAAAGAAAUCAGAAGUUAAUGCGUUCUUCGAUGGGGCUGGUGAUAAUCCAUCGAACAAGAACAAUUGGCUUUUGAAUUUUUGCACGGAUGAAAGUAACAAAAAUGAAAAUAAUAAAUCUAUAGCCAUUCAAACGGAUGGUCCUUGUACAGACAGAUCCCAAUAUCCCGAAUUAAUUCGAAAAACAGCUUAUUGGGGUUGCACCAAAGCUGAAAUUGUUCUCAAUUCAGAAACGCUGCAGCAAAACUCUAGCAAUGGAAAGUGGGAUCGUUUGAUCAAUUUGUCUUCGGCUACUAGAACAGCGAUCACCAAAUCUUCAACUUGUUUUCCAAUAUUUGCUGGAGAUCGUAUCUUUGCUAAAGACUUGAUAAAAGCUUUGUUGCGUGUCAGCAAUGGUUGGCUCAUUCUCGACAAUUAUCUGAACAAACAACAUUAUCCUAGUCUUGCUGAGAAAUUAGACGACGAGUUACUUCGAUGUUUUCAAACUUGGGAAGAGAGUACUUACGAGUUGCUUCGGCAAAUCGUUGAAACUUUUUUAAAAUUGGAAGAAAAAAGUCGAAUGUCUGGCGAUAAAUACGAGAACAAACUCGUGGAUACAUCUGUGGCAUCUUUCCCAGGCGACGUAACUUUGUAUACGUCGAUCGAUCUCUUCGAUUGUUCAAAAAACGAGCCUAAUCUAAAGUCUACCAGAAAGGAAACCAAUAAUGAAACUUCGAAAGACGAAGAACAACGACAAUUGGCGAUAUCAUCCACCGUGUCGACCGAUGAUGGUACUCAAAAAACUUAUCGCAAAGAAACCAAAUUACGAAGUAAGUGGACAAUAACAGAAAAUUUAAUAUCUUCGAUAGGCAGUGAGAAAUCAUUAAAUCGUACAAAAAAUAACGUACGAACAGGUAGCAGAUUUCGUAACAAAAACGCAUCCUCGUUGUCCAGUAAAGUUGACACGUCGGAACGAUCGGUCAAUGCUGAAUUCUUUCAAUUGAGAAGCACCGUAAUGGAGAGGAAUCACGAAAGUUCCAAGGAAUGGCUAUUGAAAGACAGGAAACAGGAGUUCUUUUUCGACAACAACAUUCCUACCCCGUGUAUGAAUGCAGGAUUGAUUUAUGGUAUUCAAAGACCAACCACUAAUAUGAAUUAUGAUCCUUCCAUGUUUGGGAAUACUUUAGCUAGAAAUUUCUACCCUGGUAAUGACAAUGUUCCCAUAGCACGCGUCGAUAGCAGAACAAUGUACGAGAACAAAUCGAAUAUCGGUGCUCCGAUUUAUAUUGGCAAGUCAUCAACCGAUCAACUCGAAUUAUCAGCUGUUCCAAGGAACAGGAUGAUGUUGUUGAGUCAAAUAGAACCGGAUAUACCAGAGAAAGAAUCCGAAGAGAUGACUGCUAAUUUAUCCGCUUGGUUUGCCAGCAUGAGAAAUGCCAAUGGACAAGUCCAACAGCAGCAGCAGCAGCAGCAGCAACAACAACAGCAGCAACAACAACAGCAGCAACAACAACAGCAACAAUUACAUGUUCAACAUCAUCCGUUGUCUCAUCGAGGAGAAACUCUUGCUAGAAACACGAUAGACUUUACCAGACAAUUACAAAUCGAUACGAAUCGACAACUUCAAACAUUAAGAAACAUGCAAAGUAUUCAAAGUGCACCGUGGAAUGCUGAACACAUUCUCAGCAAACGAUUGAAUGUACAUAGUCAAAUUACUGAAGAAUACGAUAGCUCAGAAGAUGUAAGAGUUUACAUGAAACCUGGCAGUUACAAUGUACCAAAAAAAAGACAUCAUAGAAGAAGUAAUAAUACUCGACGUUCUGACAAUUUACGCGGUUCUGGAAAUAAUUACAAGAAUAUGCAUUCCAGCAAAAGUGAAAAAGUUCCUAAAGUAUUAGCAUCUUCAACCCCGAUAACUCGAACUACAUUAAAUACCACAACAACGCAAAGUGUCUCUCUUCAAAAUUCACCGACAAUCCUGAAACGCGUUACUUCAAUUAAAAACAAUCUUGAACAAGAUGUCACUUGGAAGGCAGCAUGUGCCUCGGCAGAAAUCCUAUUGGAAGCUCUCAACGUAAAAGAUGCGAAGAAAGAAACGAUCAAUGAUAAUUCUGAGAACGAGGAUAACUUUAAUGAAGUCAAAGAUAUUAAAAUCGAAAAGGAAAGUGAUAAGGAAGAUCGAGUAUCGUCAAAAAGUUUACACCGUUCAAAACUAUGUCAACGUAAUCAAACGAAAUCUGGGAAAAGCCGAGACGACAUUGCAGAAAUCGAUGCAUCGAGUUACGAAGCAUCCGAAGAUGAUUCUGGAUCAACCAGCAAAUUAUCUCCACGUACAAACGUUCUUCUUAAUUCCCAAGAUAAUCGUAAUACCAAAACAAACGUGAAAACUGAUUCGUGGCUGAUCAGAACUCUGAACAAUGCUAGUAUGAUGAGCAAACAGAGAAGAAGACAAAACGAUUUCGCAAUAGUUGAAAGUUCAGAAUCAUCAAACAGUUCGAUGAUCGAGGAAGAACGCACUUGUUUGACUUCGAUAACAGCUGUUGGAAUGACUACAACUAUUACAGCUACUACUACGAUCAAAGAUCGAGAAGAUAUUGCUGCUAUUGCUGCUUCCCGAGAAAUUGGUAUCACCGAUCGUGCCAAUGAAAACGAUCUCUUAAGUGAAAUCAAAAAAGACAGUGAAAGUACUGUUGGACGUGCUACUUACUCGGAAACUGUACGUAGAUCGACAGGAUUUUCAACAGGAUUAUCAUCUAACGUAAUAAGAUCGGUUAAAAAGAAGCCCAUAAAUUCGAGUCCAUCUUUAAAUUAUACUACGAUCGUACCGAUUCCUGGACGUAAAUGUUUCAACAAAGAUUCCGAAAGGUCUUAUCAUUUGUUACACAAAUCGCGAAAACCUUCGUGUAAAAAAUUAUCGAGGAUGAUGGAUGACAAUGAGGAUCGUAGAUCGGAAGAUGGAUCGUUCACUUGUUCGAAAUUAAAAAUUGCAGAUAAUGAAACGUCUUUGUCAACGAUGAUCAAUUUAUCAUCGAAAUCUGGUGCAAGUAAAUCUUUGCAAUGUAAAAAGAAAGUAGAUAAUAACGAGUCGAUCGAUAAUUUAGUUGAAACAAAAUGUGCAAGUAAAUUGAACGAUCGUGGCUGGUCAGUUUGGUAUAGUUCGAGAAGAAAACAAUCCUUAAGUCCACUUGCUUUGAGUAAAUUAGAAACUAUAUAUCGUGCUGUUUGUCAAAUGGACGAAACGAACAUUUUUAAAUAUCCACCUACGUCCACUUCAAGCCCCUCGAUCGGAACGAUGGAAGAUUAUUGCAAAGUUAUCAAAAAUCCAUUGUUUCUCGAAACGGUAGAAUAUAAAAUUAAAAAUCGAAUUUAUCACAAGAUCGAGCAUGCUGUAAGAGAUUUUCGAAGAAUCGUUUAUAACUCGAAAAUUUAUCACAAGAACGAUAAUGAUCGCGUGAAAAAGAUCGAAAAUUUAUCGACAAAACUUGAGGAAUUAUUCGAAGAACACUUUACCAAUUGGGAUUUCGAUAAUAUUAGUGGAAGUCCGAGAGAAGAUGAUUCACCGAUACGUCCAAAAUUCAAAUCAACUAAUUCGAGUCAAAAAACACUUGCUGGACGUUAUAAAAAUUCGAAAAAAAGCCCUUCUACUAUAACCAUUGCAGAAAGUACGACGACGCUUCGAUAACGAACCCUUUCUUCCCCCUUUCUUCCCUCUCUUGCCCUAUUAUAAUUAAUAACAACGAACAAUAUCGGAAAACUAUUUUAUGAGUGAUGAAUAAUUAUUAUAGCUAUAGUAUUGUGCCUUCUAGUCAUUAGAAAUGAAUCAUAAUUGUUGAUAUUGUUAUUGAUAAGUAUGUUUUAGGAAUUCAUUUGAUCGAAUUUCAAAUUUUCCCGCCUUCUCGGUGUUAUCCUUUUGGUAUCCAUUUUACACCGCUCAAUUCGAAUCCGUAA